AUGAAGCACGCCAAAGGGUUAAGGACGCUCUUCUGUGGAGCUCUCUUUUUACUCCAUUUCUGCCCGGAAGCCACGUGCCAUAAGGUGUAUAAGGUGGGCCGAGAACCCAUCCCCUGUUCGAAGUGCAGGGACGUACGGGAAUGUAGUGCGUGUCUGUUUGAGGAGAAGGAGUCCCCACAUGCGAUCCACUUGAAGCUAAACAAGAAGAAUCCAAAUGAUCACAGCAAUUUGAAGAAGCAUCACGAUUCGGUGAAGAGCGGGGGGGUGAAGUACUACGUGAAGAGGGGAGAAGGAAUUUCAGGCAGUCUGGGUAACCCCUCGGGGAACACACUGAAUGAUAUAGACAGAAUUAAUGAGGAGAUCAAGAAGAGGUGGCAGGAGAACGCCAGGAGGGGAAGGAACUUCAUGGACCUCACGACUAGGUAUGGGAAGGAUCGUCCGUCCGAUUACUUCGUGGGGGUGCAGAGGCAUGCCGAGGUGGGGAAGGUGGACAUGGGGAAGGUGGACGUGGGGAGCGCGAACAAGGCAGCCGAACAGAGGGGACGUGACGAGAAGAACUUCAUCGAUUUGAAAAACACAAACGCUGUGGUGGAACAGACAAAAGAAAAUGUCUUCCUCAUCCCGCUGAAGCAUUUGCGAGAUAGCCAAUUCGUUGGGACGCUCCUAGUUGGGGUUCCUCCACAGGAGAUCCAUCCCAUCUUCGACACGGGGAGCACAAAUCUGUGGGUCGUUACAACAGACUGUGAAGAAGAGUCUUGCAAAAAAGUAAACAGGUAUAACCCCUACGUGUCGAAAACGUUUAGGAGAUCGUUUAUAGGGAAAAAUCUCCACAUCGUUUUCGGAUCAGGUUCCAUUUCGGGAUCCAUUGGAAAAGAAACCUUCGUUUUGGGAGACCAAACAGUGCGCAACCAGACAUUUGGCUUAGUGGAGAGUGAAUCGAAUGACAGCUUAAAUGGAGACAACAUUUUUGACUAUAUUGACUUUGAGGGGAUUGUCGGUUUGGGAUUCCCAGAAAUGUUGUCUGCAGGAAAGGUAUCCUUCUUCGACAACUUAUUAAAACAGAAUAGGAAGUUGUCACCGCAGUUUUCUUUCUACAUUUCUCCGGAUGACAACACGUCGACUUUUAUAGUCGGUGGAUUGAGCAAAUCUUUUUACGAGGGAAGCAUCUAUAUGCUUCCAGUCAUUAAGGAGUAUUACUGGGAGGUGGAGUUAGACGGGAUUUACGUGGGAGAAAAGAAAAUAUGUUGCGAGGAGAAGAGCUAUGCCAUUUUCGACACAGGCACAUCGUACAACACUAUACCCAGUGCACAUAUAAAGGACUUCUUCGAUGCAGUUCCUUCCGUCCCGUGUAGAGAAGAGAAUUACAGAGAUGUGUUGAAAAAUCAUCCCGUGAUUAAGUAUGUCUUUGGCGAUUUGAUCAUUGAGCUCAUGCCAGAGGAAUACAUGAUUUUGAAUGAGGAGAAUUGCAUCCCGGCUUAUAUGCAAAUUGACGUGCCCUCGGAGAAGAACCAGGCCUACCUGCUCGGAAGCAUUGCCUUCAUGCGGCACUACUACACGGUGUUUGUGCGUGGCGUGGGGGGAAAGCCCUCUAUGGUGGGCAUCGCCAAGGCGAAGUCGCCCGCGGCGGGGGUAUCGGAGAAGUGA